AUGGAACUUCAUCAUUUCACUCACACACAUCCGUUGACUUUCUUUGAACGGCAAAACAGAGACAAUGAUGCUGAAAAUACCAAUUGCUCCGGCUGCCUGGAUCCAAUACUCGAGGAAUCUAGCUAUGGUUGCACUCAAUGUAACUAUUUUCUCCACAAAAAAUGUGCUGAAGUUUUACCUCCGGUUAUUCAAUCUCAAACCCAUGAACACCCUUUUACCCUCCUCUGCAAGCAAAUCUCAUUCUGUUGCGAUGCUUGUGGCAAAGAUGGCUCUCACUCUCCCUACGUUUGCUUCUCCUGCAACCUCACAGUUCACGACCACUGUACUUCAUUAUCAAGAACCAUCAGAAUAAUUCGUCAUGAACAUCUUCUCAGACAUACUUAUUUUCUUCACGAAAGUGAGUCUGAAUGGCGCCCCUGUUCGAUUUGUCACCAGGAUCUGAGUGCAGAUCGUGGGUGUUAUCAUUGUCCAACAUGCGAUUAUGCUGCCCAUGUUCACUGCGCAACACGCUCUGAUAUAUGGGAUGGCACAACAAGAGAUGAAGAAGAUGAUAUGGAGAGCAGUGAGGCUGGGCUAGAUUCUAUAAUCAGGAUUGUUAAGGAAAUCAAGCUGGGUGAAGACAUGAUUGCAGCUGAGAUAGAGCAUUUCAGCCAUGAACAUACCUUGAUUUUCAGCAAUGAGGGUGCGGAUAAUAAAUGUUGUGAUGGUUGCGGUAUACCCAUUUCUUCUCCAUUUUAUAGCUGUGAAGAGUGUGAUUUCUUCCUCCAUAAAACUUGUGCUGAAUUACCCAGAAAUAAGGUUUUCUCAUUUCACCAGCAUACACUUACUCUUCAUUCUGACGGAGUCUUCCCAUGUAGAGCCUGUUCAAUCGACUCUAACGGCUUCUCUUACCGCUGCGAGAGAUGCAGCUUUGGUCUCGAUCUUCGCUGCUCUUCAAUUCCAGACACCCUUAUCCAUCAAGCUCAUAGACAUAACCUCUUCGUCUUCUUCAAGGAUGAUCGGGAGCAUAAAUGCAACGGCUGUGGUGCGUUGGAAAAGAACGGACUGCAAUGCUGUGAAUGUUGGUAUUUUCUUGAUUUCAAAUGUGCUACACUACCACUCACAGCUAUGCACAGCUAUGACGAGCAUCCUCUGAAACUCACCUUCGAGGAUGAUUCAGAUCCAGAUCAGCUUUAUUGUGAUGUAUGCGAAGAUAAGAGAAAUCCAUAUCAUUGGUUCUACUCUUGUAAUGACUGCAGUGUCACCAUUCAUCCCAAAUGUGUAUUUGGCAAGUAUCCUUGA